AUGACAGCCGCACCUAAGAAAUCGCUCGCCCUCUCACCUCCCCCGAUUCCACAAACCAUCGGCGGAGAUUCCUCAUACCCAGGCAUACCCACCAUCGCCUCUCCUCCCAGUUCUCCUCGCCUCAAGGACAAGGUCUGCAUCAUCACCGGUUGCAACAGUGCUCUGGGCAUUGGUAGGGCUUCAGCCUACGAAUUCGCUUCUGCAGGCGCACAAGCAUUGGUUCUAUCUGAUUUCGACACUUCGAAUCUCAACAACUGGAAGCAAGAUAUCGAGAAGCUGUAUCCGGGGACACAGGUUGUGGUACAAAAGGUCGAUGCUGGGAAUGAGGAGCAUGUCAAGGCAGUCGUGAAGCUGGCAGUGGACAAGUGGGGAAGGCUAGAUGUCUUCUUUGCGAAUGCUGGUAUCGGAGGUACCAUGGAGAGAGUAUACGAGGUCGGUAAGAAGGAAGGCAAGUCGGAGGAAGAGUUUAUGAGAACCAUGAAAGUGAAUGCAUUGAGCGUCUUCCUAGCAACCAAGCAUGCAGCCAAUGCCAUGAUGCAGAACAAACCUAGCCCUAGCGGCUCCAUCAUCAACACAGCCUCGGUAGCUGGUCUACGAUCAAACGCUGGACCUACAGACUACUCCGCCUCCAAAGCCGCCGUCAUCAGUAUAACCCAAACAUCUGCCUACCAACUCGCCGGCACCAGCAUCCGCUGCAACGCCAUCUGUCCCGGCAUCAUCGAGACGGGCAUGACCGCACAGAUGUACAAGGCAGCAAGAGCAAGAGGCAGCGAGGGCAAGAUUGGCCAGCUGAAUCCCUUGAUGAGAGGUGCAGUAGCCGACGAGGUCGCAAGAGUCGCCUUGUUUUUGGCGACCAACGAGAGUAGCUACGUCAAUGGACAAGCGUGGGCUGUUGACGGAGGCUUGAGUGCCGGCCUGCCAUUUGUGCCGGGAAAGCUAGCUUGA